UCGUCUCUAUAUAAAUCCCUCGCAGCCGACCUUUCCUUCUCAUCGCUUCCUUGUGAGCUAGGGCAUCAUCGACCGCUUAAUUGAUUGCGUAUCCCUCUCGGGCGAGGACUUAGGCAAAUUACUGGAUUGCUGCACUCUGCCAAAGUGGAGGGCGUCAAGUUUGAAGCAUCUUUUAUGUCUGAAAAAGCCUGUCACUUUUUGGGAUCAAUUGGUUUGCUUGGAGAAUAUUCUCCUACUUCAAGAAACAGGCACAGACUCUCGUCGGAGAGUUUUGGCUGCAUGCAUCAAGAACUAAUUCAGUAUUGCACACCAGAUAUUGGUUGCCCUUGUCUGCAACCUAUUAACAGCUGUUUUUCUGUUGUUCUUGAAAGGAAGUUCUUAACCAACGCUAUUGUUGCUUCUGGUGCUUACUGUCUCUGAUUAUUAACUUAUUCACCAAGACGGUACUAAACUUGUUGAGAAAAGAUGGCUUUGCAGAACAUUGGCGCUGCAAACAGCGAUGAUGCCUUUUAUAGGUAUAAGAUGCCCAAGAUGAUCACAAAAAUAGAAGGCCGUGGGAAUGGCAUCAAAACUAAUGUUGUGAACAUGGUUGAUAUUGCAAAGGCUCUUGCAAGACCUGCUUCUUACACCACAAAAUACUUUGGAUGUGAGCUAGGUGCACAAUCUAAAUUUGAUGAGAAGACUGGAGUUUCACUUGUUAAUGGUGCCCAUGACACUGCCAAGCUUGCAGGUCUUCUUGAGAAUUUUAUCAAGAAAUACGUGCAGUGUUAUGGAUGCGGCAACCCUGAAACAGAGAUCAUCAUUACUAAGACCCAGAUGCUAAACCUGAAAUGUGCUGCUUGUGGCUUCAUUUCUGAUGUUGACAUGAGGGACAAGCUUACGACUUUUAUCCUGAAGAACCCUCCGGAGGUGAAAAAGGGAACCAAGGACAAGAAGGCUUUGCGGAGGGCAGAGAAGGAGAGGCUGAAGGAAGGAGAGGCUGCUGAUGAGGAGCAGAAAAAGCUGAAGAAAGAAGUGAAGAAAAAGGGUGCUGUGGCUUCCAAGAAUGGGACAUCAUCAAAGGCUACUACUGCUCCUUCAAAGAAGAAAGCUGGUGCUGGCUCUGAUGAGGAUCAUCAUUCAUCUUCUCCGAAUGGUAGCCAGGCGGGUGAUAACGAUAAUGAUGAUGAUGGUGAUGAUGUCCAAUGGCAGACAGACACCUCACUGGAGGCUGCAAGACAGCGCAUUCAGGAGCAACUAAGCGCUGUGACAGCAGAGAUGGUGAUGCUCUCCACUGAUGAAGCAAAACAGGAGAAGAAGCUACCGCCGAAAGCAGAGAAAGAGCACCCUACCAACGGAAAUGCUGAAUCUAAGGUGAGUGAAGCUGAUAACAGUGUUCAAGCCAACAAUUAUGACAAUUUACUUGCCGAAAUCAAGGGGAACCUCAAGAAGGGCUCUAGCCCUAGUCAGUUGAAGACCGCCCUGAGCUCUCUUCCUGGAUCUCCAGUUGAAGUGAUGAAUGCUCUAUUCGAGGCACUCUUUGAUGGUGCAGGGAAGGGGUUUGCGAAAGAGGUGACUAAGAAAAAGAACUAUCUCACAGCCUUUGUUCAAGAUGAAGAGUCUCAGAUGCUUCUCCUUGGAGCGGUGGAAUCCUUCUGUCAGAAGGCCAGUGCAGAUGCUGUCAAGGAAGUAGCUCUUGCUCUCAAGGUCCUGUAUGACAUUGAUGCUCUUGAAGAGGACUCAAUUAUUCAAUGGUAUGAAGCUGGACUUGUAGGAGACAACAAGAAUUUGCCGGUGUGGAAGAAUGUUAAGCCCUUUGUCCAUUGGCUUCAGAGUGCAGAGUCCGAGUCUGAGGAGGAAUGAAGUUGUAGUUAGAUUUACUGCUUGCCGUCAUGCUUUAUCAGUUUAUUAUAUUGUCAUCAGUUGGUUUAUGUGGGUCUUAUAUAAGUGUUUUGCUUGGUAUUUGCUGCUUGUCUUGUUGUUAUCCACUAGACUCAGUUUGCUAUUUCUAUUUCUUAUGUCUUGUGUCUGUUGAACACAUUAUGUGAACUGGUGUUUUUCUCUUUUGGAAUAAAUUGUCACUGCUAUUGCUUGCAUGAA